GAAAUAGCAAUCUCAUCAGUCACAUUGUGAUAGUCAUGGCGAGAGGUUAGAGUACUAUCGUCAUUUCUCCAAAACUUUUGCUCACUAAUUUCACAUUCUGCUGCAGUGUCAGUGACUGUGAAACAGCUUAAUCUUAUGCAAACACAUAACAAUUCGAUCAAGUUCCUAUUUAUCACAUGCCUCCUCGGGGAAACGAUCACGCGUUAAGUCGAUGAGGUUAAGCACAGUUUGGAAUCAUAAGAGAAAGUACCUGCCUCUAUGACCCAAUUAAGAUUUAAUCAAAGUAUCUUUCCGAUCAUAUUCCGUGUUUGAUACAUUCCAAAAUCCGACUGCCGGACCUCGCAUCCGUGAACGUUGGAGUUCCGUCAAAUAUACUGGGUGUCUGAAGCAAUGAGCAGCGAGGAGACACGUAAUGUAAUACGAGUGGGAUCUCGUAAGAGCGAGUUGGCCUUAAUACAAACUAGAUACGUGAUACAAUGCCUGAAAGAAUAUUAUCCCAAGAAAGAAUUCGAGAUAGUUACAAUGAUUACCAAGGGCGAUAGGAUUCUGGACAAGUCUUUACCGAAGAUUGGCGAGAAGUCUCUCUUUACCGAAGAAUUGGAGCGAGCUCUGGAGCAAGGCAGUCUUGAUUUUGUCGUGCACUCUCUAAAAGACUUGCCGACGAUAUUACCGCCCGGAAUGGCUUUAGGCGUGUUAUUAAAACGCGAAGAUCCACGCGAUGCGGUGGUCAUGUCAAAGAAAUUCAAGGACAAAACGCUUUCUACGUUGCCGGAAGGUAGUGUCGUCGGUACCAGUUCUUUGCGUAGAACCGCGCAACUUGCUCGAAAUAUGCCCCACUUGAAGGUGGAGAACAUCCGCGGCAAUUUGAACACCAGGUUAAAAAAGCUGGAUGUCGAGAAGAGCCCUUACGCCGCCAUAAUAUUAGCUGCGGCAGGUUUAAAGAGAAUGGGUUGGGAGGAUAGGAUAACCCAGAUUCUGGAACCCGAAGAAAUCUUGUAUGCCGUUGGUCAGGGUGCGUUGGGAGUGGAGUGUAGAGAAUCAGAUUGGGAAAUACGUUCUUUGUUGGAGCCAUUAUAUGACAUGGAGACUACCUUAAGAUGUGUGUGUGAACGUUCUUUCCUGAAGACUCUCGGCGGCGGAUGUUCCGCGCCCGUUGCAGUGUCUUCUUCUCUGGAAGGGAAAGAGUUAAAGAUCACUGGUGCUGUGUGGUCCUUAGACGGUCAAACCCUGAUUGAAAAUACUUGUAAAAGUAAACUGUAUUUACCCAAGGACGACGGUGAACCACCGAGAAAAUGUCCAUACCAAGAGCCCCGCCUUUACUGCGGCGUUGUCCCCGGUAGAAUGAGUGCUCUAAGUCUUCAUGGUGCAGAACAAAUUGGUAAAGAUUUGGCUAAGAGUCUAAUAGAGAAAAAUGCUAUCGACGUCAUGUUAGAAGCUAGGAACACAAUUUCUAAUUCAGAAUAGUCACGUCAAAUAUGGUUUAUAAGGUUUGGUUUUAAUUGCAUGUAUUAUACAGAAUAAGCUAAUGUAAAACUAACUCAGGUUUUCUACACUUCAGAUAUGUAAUUUAUGUACACUCGAUCAACAGGAUAUUUGAUCUGAGUUAGAGAGUACAAAUUAUAUUAUUGUUUGUAAACUAAACUUACAAAUAAUAAUGUAAAUAAUAUAAUAUUUUCGUUUCCUUCUGAAUUCUGCCUGAAUAGAUACAUUAUAUUUUGUCUGAAUAGAUACAUUAUUUAUUUAUCUACAUGAAUCCAAAAAAAAAAAACAAAUGCAAGAUUGGAAGAUAUUACCAUGCAGCUUAUCGUGCCAAGUAGUUUCCAAACUUCUUUAAGUUUAUAAAUGCGCCAUUGCUUAAAAACUUACACUUGUACAGUUCUAUUUUGCUGAUUUAAUGAUAUCCAUGGUGUAAUCAUGCAUAUUUUAUGACAUGUUUUAUCCUUUAUUGUUGUAUAUUUUUUUAUUGUUAAUGAAGCAUGGUUACAUAGAAAUUUCGUUACUUAAAAUAAUUCAGUCCAUAUUGGAACAUACUGCCACAUACUGGGCUAAUAACCAUUGGUUGAAAUAUCUCCAUUUGCAUUAGAUUAUAAUUAUUUUGUACUUGCAGAAUUUGAGAAAUUAUGUAGUUUAUUAUGUAGUUCAUGGUAUAUGUAUGUCUUUGAUAAUGUUAAACUUUUUUUAAAUAUUUUGUUUUAAUAAAACUGAUUAUCUUAAA